AAUGGCUGGCUGGGGAGGCUUCAUGUUUUCUCUCCUCAACUACAAGACAGAGAAAUAUGUCAUCGCUGAAAACAAGAGAAUAGGAAUAUUAUUUAGACUCUACCAGCUGGCCGUGCUGGGAUACAUAAUCGGGUGGGUAUUUGUGGUGAGGAAAGGGUACCAGGAGAAAGAAGAGGCCAUCCAGACCUCUGUCAUCACCAAGCUUAAAGGUGUUACACUGACCAACAACUCUGAGACAGGGCUCCACCUCUGGAGUGCUGAGGACUACGUCAUACCCCCAAAUGGCGAGCAGGUGUUCUUCAUAGUAACAAAUUACAUUGAGACCCCCAAUCAGAAGCUGGGGGUCUGUGCUGAGAGUUUCAAGGUGCCAAACGGACGAUGUGUCAGUGAUGAUGACUGCGUCGAGGGAGAGCCUGUUAUAGCUGGCCAUGGAAUCAAGACCGGGUUGUGUAUAAACAGCACAGGCACCUGUGAGAUUCAAGCCUGGUGUCCUGUUGAAUACAGCAAGAGACCCUCAGAGCCUAUGCUGACUGAAGCCGAAAACUUCACCAUCUACAUCAAGAAUUUCAUCCGCUUUCCAAAGUUUGAAUUCUCCAAGUCCAACGUCCUUGACACCUCCGAUGGCAGCUACCUAAAGAGAUGCACCUUUGACAAAGAGGACCAUCCUUACUGCCCCAUCUUCCGCCUCGGAGAUCUGGUCAGCUGGACUGGACAUGACUUCCAAGACAUGGCUGUUAAGGGUGGCUCUGUUGGUAUUCUUAUUGAGUGGAACUGUGAUCUGGACAAGGACUCUUCACAUUGUAAUCCAGAGUAUAGCUUCACCCGUCUGGACAUGAACUUGAACAACUCUGUCACAUCAGGAUACAACUUCAGAUAUGCCAGGUAUUACAAGGAUCAAAAUGGUGAAACCUAUCGCACUUUGUAUAAAGUGUACGGGAUUCGUUUCGAUAUAAUGAUCAAUGGGCAGGCUGGGAAAUUCAAUAUUGUUCCCACAAUAAUUGCCAUUGGCUCGGGAGUUGCUCUGCUUGGUGCAGGAGCCUUUGCUUGUGAUAUGAUACUGUUGUACAUGAUGAACACAAGCUCCUUCUAUCGAGAGAGGAAGUUUGAAAUCAUCAACUUCAAGAAAGACCGGACCAAAGCCAAGGAUGGGAAGACAGGGCACCGGGAAAAGAAAUCCAGGAAAACAGCUGCAGAAAAAGAAGCCGCCAACUCUAUCAAAAAGACAGAGGGAAGUGAAACUACCGUGGAAUCUCCCAGCACAGAGAGCCAGUCUGUGGAGAAACGGGGUCCCACCAUUCCACGCAACACAGGACAACGAUACUCUGCUCCUCUCUCCCCACAAGGUGCACAGCCAAAGCAGCACAUCACUUUCUCUUCACUCAAUUAAA